AUGUCGGACUCAGAAUCGGAGGCGCGAUCCUCAUCCGGGUUUCCUGACGCGACAGCCAUUGAGCAAAGGUUGAGGGAUACGGUUGCGAAUAUAUUUAAGUCCGGGAAUCUCGAUGAGCUUACCGUGAAACGCGUGCGAUUAGCAACAGAGGAAAAAUUGGGGCUAGAGCAGGGGUUUUUCAAGAGUCACAAUGAGUGGAAACUGAGAAGCGACGAGAUAAUAAAGAAUGAAGUGGUAUGCAUAUUCCUAGCCUUCUCUAUGUUGAACGUGGGGAGAGAGUUUAUAUUGGUAUUUGGGUCUAAAUCUGCAAAUGCUAAGGGAGGUUGGGACAUUAGAAAAAACAGGAGAAUCCGCUACCAGAGCCGGCCGCAGCACCGAAAAAACGACAAUCGAAGAAACGGCCUUCCCCAGAAGCCCAUAAGGCUCCGGUGCCUAUCAAAAGGCGCAAGAAGGCUACUCCGCUACAGUCUGAGGAAAUCAGGGCAAGAGGAUUCGGAGCAUUCGGUCAGCGAUAAGGAUGAAGCAUUUGAACCGGAGCCAGCACCAAAGACAACCAAAGGUGCAGAUGCAGAGGAAACUUCGGAGACCGAAAUGUCAGUGGUAAUCGACGAUGAACCCAAGCCCAAAAGGAAAAGAUCAGCCGGCCAAUCCUCUGCGCAGAGCAAGGGUAAAAAGCCCACAUCAGAGAAGAAACGCAAGGAACCCGCCGCAGAAGAUGCAGACCAGGCAGAAAUAAAACGCCUUCAAGGCUGGCUGGUCAAAUGUGGAAUACGCAAAGUAUGGGGCCGUGAGCUUAUGGGAUGCAAUACUCCAAAGGAGAAGAUCAACCAUUUGAAGUCGAUGCUAAAGGACGCAGGCAUGGACGGACGUUAUUCGAUCGAAAAGGCAACCCGCAUCCGAGAAGAAAGGGAAUUGAAGGCUGACCUGGAAGCCGCUCAAGAGGGUGCAAAAAUGUGGGGGGCUAAUGUUGACGAGGCGGGACCUGAAUCUCCCAAGGCCGGCCGUUCAAGUAGGAGGAUUGCUAAGAGCUUCAAGAGGUUUGACUUCCUCGGCCAGGAAGACCAAGACUCGGAGUCGGAUUGA